GCAGAAAUUAAAAUAUUUUGUUGGCUCAUCAAGACACCAACGGAACAAAAGCAACAAUUAGCACAAAGGGAAGGAGGGAUUUGCUUUCUUUCGAAGCUCUCUGGCACACCCACAUCCAUCCAUCCAUCCAUUCCCUCUCUCUCUCUCUCCCUUUGAUUCCAAUUGAACCAAUCAACAGACCCCACAAACACACAAAUCUCCACAUUUCCCUCAACAGCAACAACAGCAAUGCCAGCUUCCCCUUCUUUCCCUUCUUCAGAUGGCAGGGGCAAAUGGAAAAGGCGAAAACGGGAACCUCAAAAUACUCGCAAACACCAACAACAACCAGCUAAACGCGAAGAACCCGACGACGAAGACGAAGACGCCGCCGUCGAGGACGACAAUAAUCACAAUAACAACAACAAUGAAGAUGAUUCUGAAGAUCCUAACCCUAACCCUAACCCUAAUUCUAACCAUAAUCCCACUCAACCCGAUCACGAGACUGAGGUUGUUAUAGAUGGUGGGGUCCGCAUAUGCGAUUUCCCUUGUGUAACAAAGCUUCUUGUGAAUCGGCCCCAUGCUUCUGUUUCAGCAAUUGUGGCUUUAGAAAGAGCGAAUUCAGGUGGAGAGAGCAGCAGCAGUAAAGGGCAGGUGGUGCCUCAUUUGGAGAAUAUGUCUUAUGGACAGCUACAGGCGGUUUCUGCUGUUCCACCUGAGGCUUUUGGCUGCGAUCAAGAUGAUGGGAAUUCUGCUGGCUACGUGGUUACACCUCCAGUGAUUUUGGAGGGAAAAGGUGUUGUUAAACGCUUUGGCAGUAGAAUUCACGUUGUUCCUAUGCAUUCAGAUUGGUUUUCACCAGCCACUGUAAAUAGAUUGGAGAGACAAGUGGUGCCGCAUUUUUUCUCUGGAAAAUCACCUGAUCAUACGCCUGAGAAAUACAUGGAAUGUAGAAACUAUAUUGUUGCUAAAUACAUGGGGAAUCCAGAGAGGAGGAUCGCAGUUUCUGAUUGUCAGGGAUUUGUAGUUGGUAUUGAAAAUGAAGAUUUAACUCGAAUUGUUAGGUUUCUUGAUCAAUGGGGAAUCAUCAACUACUGUGCAGCCCCAUCAAGUCGUGAAUCUUGGAGUGGUGGGUCGUACUUAAGGGAGGACCCAAAUGGUGAGGUUCAUGUUCCAUCAGCUGCUUUAAAGUCAAUUGACAGUUUGAUCAAAUUUGACAAGCCCAGAUGUAGCCUCAAGGCAGCUGAAAUUUAUUCAUCAUUGUCAUAUCAUGAUGAUUUCUCUGACUUGGACAGCAGAAUCCGAGAGCGUUUAUCUGAAAAUCAUUGCACUUACUGUUCUCAGUCUCUUCCCAGUGUAUAUUAUCAGUCACAAAAGGAGAUUGAUAUACUACUAUGCUCUGACUGCUUUCACGAGGGGAGGUUUGUGACCAGUCAUUCAAGCUUAGAUUUUAUAAAGAUGGAUCCCACCAAGGAUUACGGUGAUUUAGACGGAGAAAGUUGGAGUGAUCAGGAAACACUACUGCUGCUUGAGGCAAUGGAAAUUUACAAUGAUAAUUGGAAUGAAAUUGCAGAACAUGUUGGAUCAAAGUCAAAAUCACAAUGCAUCCUUCAUUUUCUUCGUCUACCCAUGGAAGAUGGCCUCUUGGAAAAUAUUGAAGUUCCAAGCAUUUCCAAGUCACCUAAUCCAUCAAGCAGAGAUGAUAAUGGAAGACUACAUUCACGUUCAAAUGGAUCCUGCGUCCAAGAUGCUGAUUCUGAAAGCCGGAUCCCUUUUGCGAAUUCAGGGAAUCCAGUGAUGGCAUUGGUUGCCUUUCUGGCCUCUGCUGUUGGGCCAAGAGUUGCUGCAGCUUGUGCCCAUGCAUCCUUGGCAGCAUUGUCAGAGGAUCAUAGGAUGAAUUCAGAAAGACUACAUGGUAGAGAAGGAAGUUUUCAGGGAGAAGUUGCAAAUUCAGUUCAACAAAAAGAAGACAAACCCAAUAGUUCCUGGGCUCAGAACGAGGCAGAGGGUGCCCCUUUAUCUACAGAGAAAGUCAAAGCUGCUGCGAAAGCUGGUCUUUCUGCAGCAGCAACUAAGGCUAAACUGUUUGCAGAUCAUGAAGAGAGAGAAAUUCAAAGACUAUCUGCUAAUAUCAUUAAUCACCAGUUGAAGAGAUUGGAGUUGAAGCUGAAGCAGUUUGCAGAGGUGGAGACCUUUCUAAUGAGAGAGUGUGAACAAGUGGAGAAGACGAGGCAGAGGUUUGCUGCUGAGCGUGCCCGCAUUCUGUCUACCCGGAUUGGACCUGCUGGGGCUACUUCACAAAUGAGUUUGGCAGGUGUUACUCCUUCCAUGGGUAAUAAUAACAUUGGCAGCAGUAGGCAACAAGUCAUGCCUACCUCAUCUUCACAACCAAGCAUUUCAGGAUAUGGCAACAAUCAACAAGUCCAUCCCCACAUGUCAUUUAUGCAACGGGGACAACCGCAACCAAUGUUUCCGGUGGGCCCGAGACUGCCCCUAGCAGCUAUACAACCAUCAUCAUCUGCUCCAUCAAAUAUCAUGUACAACGCCUCUGGAAAUUCACAGCCCAGUCUCAAUCAAAUGCUGAGAUCUGUAUCAGGGCCUAGCUCUGGUUUGGGUUGAGACUGGAAAACAAAUGUAAAUUGGUAAUUUUAUGAUUAAUUCUGUUGGCAACGUGCUCUCUUCCUGUGCUGCAACUGGGGUUGAGGAUGAUGAAGGUGAGGCCAAGAAAGUUUCAUCUGACCUGGCUUUGGGGGUUUUAAAUUCCUUGGCACGGUGAGUAGGGUGUGUAACGGAGUACGUCAUAGAGUUUGGAUUAAAUUGUGAACAGGUGCAAUGAAUGAGGAAAAUUUAUUUUAUGAAUGAAUAAUCUCAUUUAUACAA